UGCAUUUAUAUACUCCAUUCUUCUUCUCUCCAUUUCACAAAAAAGAGGAAAACCACAAAAAUGGGUAGCUCUCUGAUCUCUCUUCUCCCAAUCUUCCACUUGUUGGUGUUAUUAGGAUCCUCAGUAAAUGCUUAUUGGCCACCAUCACCUGGUUACUGGCCAAGCUCCAAGGUUGUUUCCUUGAGCUUCUACAAAGGUUUUAGGAAUCUUUGGGGUCCUCAGCAUCAGAGAAUGGACCACAAUGCUCUUACCAUCUGGCUCGAUAGAGUCUCAGGAAGUGGAUUCAAGUCAGUGAAGCCAUUCAGAUCAGGUUACUUUGGAGCAUCCAUCAAACUCCAACCUGGAUACACUGCUGGAGUCAUCACAUCUCUCUAUCUAUCAAAUAAUGAGGCACAUCCAGGCUUCCAUGAUGAAGUGGACAUAGAAUUUUUGGGGACAACAUUUGGAAAACCAUACACACUUCAGACAAAUGUUUACAUUAGGGGAAGUGGUGAUGGCAAAAUCAUUGGUCGUGAAAUGAAGUAUCGCUUGUGGUUUGAUCCCACUUCAGGUUUUCACCAUUAUGCUAUUCUUUGGAACCCUAGAGAAAUCAUUUUCCGUAGGGUUUCAUUAUUCGGGCAAGGACAGUUGCAGGUAGAGACAAACAAGACAGAGACAAUGACCGUACGACGUUGGACAAUCAGAUUUUUGGUCGAUGAUAUUCCCAUAAGAAGAUACCCAAAGAAGAGUGCGGCCACAUUUCCUUUAAGACCAAUGUGGCUUUAUGGUUCCAUAUGGGACGCCUCUUCUUGGGCAACCGAAGAUGGUAAAUACAAAGCCGACUAUAAAUAUCAACCUUUUAGUGCCAAAUACACCAACUUUAAAGCCAUCGGUUGCACUGCUUAUUCGUCAGCACGGUGCCAUCCAGUGUCGGCUUCACCAUACCGUUCUGGUGGGUUAACCCGACAGCAAUACCAAGCCAUGAGAUGGGUUCAAACACAUAGCAUGGUAUACAACUAUUGCAAAGAUUAUAAGCGAGACCAUUCUCUAACGCCGGAAUGUUGGCGUUAGGAAAAGAUUGAGGGAAGUUUCGAAGUUCCAGAAUUUUAAUUAAAUCAAAGGAAGUACAACAAAAGCUUCGCAAUUUUUUGGGACUUUUUCUGUUACUAUAUUAUUGUGGUUUUUGUUUCACAAAAUAAAAGUUUUUUUUUUACUUAUUAUCUUUGUGUAAUGUGUAAAUGUUUCAAAUACUAUGUUGUUGGUCAA